GGCAGAGCAACUGGAGGCACACAAGUCAUUGUACGAGGCCGUGCUAUCACGUGGCCGGCAGUCGACUUCACCGACUAUUCCAACGACGGGGAUGGAGCUGUGAAUGGAUGGGAAGAUUUUCAGCUCCGGCCUAGGGCCUGUAUAUGUGGGACCGAAGGCAUGGCUUGCACUCGGAGCAUACGGCCGUUGCAAUGCACAGCAAGCGUACCGAAGAGAUCGCCUGUUGAUGUUGAUGUGCUGACAGACAUAGAUACGUAG